GAUGCGGUUAAAUAGCAUGCCUAUUGUUUAGCGACGUUCCAGGAACAAGAAUCUCAAAGGUAUUACUGACAAGCUAAUCGUUUAGCCCAAGGUUAUUCGCAAAUGGAACAAUCAUUAAGGGCUUCAUCGUACUAUCGUAAAUACCCUCCAGACAAGCAUCUCUCUUUCUCUCUCUCUUUCUCUGUCUUAUACCGAGAUCGAUUUUCUCUUUAUGAAUUUAGGAUCGUAACAUUUUCCUGUGUAUGAAUAAUAAUGUGGACAUUAUUUUAAAAAUGUACCGAAGAAAAUUUUAUAUAAGCAAGAAAAUAAAAAACAUCUGGAAAUAUUAAUUUCAAGAAUGUAUCAGUUUAAAGCAUCAGUAUAUUAACUACAAUCGACGAUAUGCCAACAAGAACUCGGCAACAAUAUAAAGAACGAUAGAGAUGAAAUGUUAACGAUGUCAUUUCCGAUGUUAAUGGCAAGCGUAAAAUUUUAUGUAAGCAAGAAAAUCUCUAGAAUCGAUAGUGUCUUUUUUUUAUAAAGAUCAUUAAACGGUCGCUCACGGCUAAUGAAGUUACGUAUAAUACGUGGUAAUUGUCUUAAGUGCAUCGGGUGAUCGAGCGUGUUUAACAAAAGAAUAGGGAGGGUCCGUGUCGUGUAAACAUGGGAAAAGGCCUCUUUGCCGUUAUACAUUUCGUCCUAUCGACGAACGGCUAAUCGCGCCAGCUUAAAUCAACGUAGGUCAUCCCAGUCCAAAAAGUGGGGCAACCCUUCACGAUUCAGUAGAAUCGUGACUCACGUGUCUGAUGAGUCUUAUAUCCGACGAAUCUACAGCGAUAUUAUUCAUGUUAAAAACCAUCAACGAAAUUCAACAAAAUCAAUUAAGUUUCACGAAGCUUGUGUAUCGUGGAAGCAAUUACAAAUCGCUGAUUUGAUAUUGAUCGAUUUUAGCGAUUUUUUAUCAGCGCUUCAAUUUUUAUCGUUUCGGAGAACCGGAAAAUAAUAGGUUCGAAGUUCAAGGACCAUCCCGAUCGCGCCUUAUGACGAAAUGACAUGACGAUCGUGCGUUCCGACGCAUGUUUCUGCUCAUAGGCAGCAAAAUCAUUUAAUCGAUAGAAGAAUCGUGACACGUAUAUACGCACUUGUCGACCGACUUUAUGAACUUCGCUCUCUAAACGGAGAUAUACGGGAAAAGUAAGCACAGAGAUCCAUAACGAAAUAUUUUGCUCGCUGCAUUCUGAAUUUCUGGCAAAUAAUAUUUUGUCGCGAGAACUAUAUAUAAUAUAUAAUAUAUUAUAUAAUUAAUAAUAUUUUGUCGAAGCUACUAUGAAUGAUCAAUUCUUAAGCACGAAACACUUCACUGAUCUUUCAACUUGUUGUUCUCCUCGGACGAGACGGCGAUUAAUCUUUUACAAAGGUACUAUAGCCGCACGCUCUACGAUAAUAAUGAAAUGUCGACAUGAAGUCGCCUAGCUUUUUAUAUCAUGUGCUUGCAGAAAGAGAAAGAGAGAGAGAGAGAGAGAGAGAGAGAGAGAGAAAGAGAUAUAUAAUACAUGCAAUAUUCGACUUUAUGAAGACGGGACUGUCAAAUUCAAAGAGAAUUAAUUCUCGAAAGUUAUAAUACGUUGAUAAGAGGAUAAAGAUUAAAAUUUCAGUGGAAUAAUUCUUCGACAAGUUUGCGUUGAUAAUAUUUCUGUGAACGCGGAGGGAAUUAAAAUUUGCACGAAAAAUACAACACAGAGAAUUUUAAAACGGCACAGAUAUAUUUGGAUAAAUCUAAAUCACAAAGUGCACACGAUGGGCCGGAAACAGAAGCGCCGCCUGAUACCGGAACAGGACCGCAGGAUUUGCGGCAGCAUAUGCUUCUUCCAGUUUACCUUUGUCAUCAGUUGCGUGGCCUUGGUUUAUCUCAGCGUGGCGAUCUACGCGCCGUCGUACAAAGCUUUUCACGUCGGCAUCGAGCCGGAACCGGUGAUGUGCCAAACCGUUAAUGCCACGAUGGUGAACAAUUGUGCCUGGGCGAGUUGCGGCGAAUGGUGCUUGACGAAAACCAGCGGCUUUUGUGCUCAGCUUCACGCGACCGUCAGACGUAAUGGCACCGACGUGCUUUUCGAAAACUGCACCAAGUUUGACACAAUCGCAUGCCCUCAGGUAAAUAUGGGGAGCAUGAAGAGAUACAACUGCAACAACGGCAGCGAGUGCAGUAUGUUGACGGGCGUGUUCAACUGCAGCCUGGGACAUUGUUCGAACAUGAGCGAGCUGAUGCUCUGUCAUGUUAAGGCCGACGGUGUCGUCAUCGACAGCGAGAAGGACAAUAUGAAGCUGAACGGUUUCUUUAGCUGUCAGAACUCUAGAUGCACGAAGAUCAAGAGCGCCUUCAGCUGCGACAGAUACUGUCCAAACAUCUCCACCAGCGAUAACAACGUUUAUCUGAUGCAGGACAACAGCAUCAUCUCCGCGAGAUGUUCCCGCGGAAUGGCCUUAAAUAGAGCAAACGGUAGUUUACCUGGUACCAGACUGGACGAGCCCGUCGAGAUGUGGAAUGAGCAAAACGGCAGCAUCAUCGCCAGCUGUUUCGCCGUUACGAAGAAUGAAAACGUCAUCAGAACGGAGGAUUGCGUGAACGGCACUUUGUUGAACGAGAUCAAGGUUCCCCAACCGUCCAUUAAUUUCACGAGCUUCUUGAAAAUCUACGAGAAAAGCUUGCAGUAUCCGGCGGAUCCUACAAACGCCUAUGUCCCGACGCAAAAAUCUCUGACGAUCUAUAAUACCUCACGAUUAUACAUCAAUCUCGAGCGUUGCGUCAACACUCUGAAAGGCGAGUGCAGACAAUUUCUCCUCACCCAUGGACGAGAUGGUGACAAUCAGACCGCGCAGAGCAGAUAUCCUUGCUAUUAUAAUAAGAACAAUUCAUUCUUCGUGGUGGCGCGUUUCGAUCUGAAAAAAACGCGAAUGGAACUGCUGAUCGCUAUAAUCGUGCCGGCUGGACUCUUCGUCAUCAGCGUAAUCGCUCUAAUUAUCAUUUCGCGAUCGGUGAAGGUGGGAGAUGACGCCAAAAUGCGAUGCAGAUAUUGCGUCGACAAGCAAGAGGUCGAGGACGAAGAUGAGGGACUCAUGGAGGCAACGUCCUCCGCCACUCAAAGCCAGGCUAAUGAAAAUGAAAUCAGAAGUUUGUCCCUUUAGCAGUAUGCGCCACUCGGUAUAGGCGCUACGCUAGAUUAUGAAAGGCUGCCACUGAUCGACAUGGAUGAGGCUGAGGAUUCCUUUUAGAAGAGAAACGAUAUCCGGCUUUUAAAGGUUCGUCGUGUUGAAUAGAUUCAUCCCUAUCGUGGGAGAAAUAAACUUUGAAAGUAAAAUCUCCAAGUGCGAGAUGAAUUAAGUUCUCAGACGGACAUUAACGUCGUCUUCCGUAAUGAAGUGUAAUUAAUUUUUCUAUAAUUACAAUUGUCACUGAUAAUGUAUAUGCAAUGGUACGAAUAAUAUGUGAUUGCGACGUUAUGUUCGAAAUGGAGUUAAAUGAUCUCUCUGCCAAUGCAAUUCAUCGAAAGUAACUCGUUCUGGGGGGUCCAAGUUAAUUAUAUUGAACUUCUUAGAGUUAUACAAUAGAUCGGUCAAAUAAAUAUAUAUGUAUAUGUAAAAAUAUAUAUUUAUACGCUCACUGUUGCCUUCAAUGUAUCGCUAAGCUUUGUUUGCGCGCAAAACAAAGUGAUUGAAACUGAUUGAUAUUAAUCGCUGAUACAUUAAUGUAAGAUUUUGCCUCCAAAUACAUCAAGGGAACAUUAAGGGAAUAAAAUAAAUAUAUAAUAUAGAAAAUUAUAGUAUAAUUAUUUAAUGCCGUCGUGUUUCAAUAAAUGACAUGUGCAAUGACAAGAAUCAGGUGACGUUCAACAACUGUUCCCCGCGAUACUGUAUGAAUAAAGUAAAAAAUCAAUAAUUUAAUCAACGAAGACAAAAUAAAAGGAGAAAUAAAUAAAUAAACGCCGAAAUAUAUUUAAGUUAAAUAAAUAAAUAAAAUUAACUAAAAAAAAAAAUUAAUGUAAAAUGAACAAGCUUCUUUAAUGUACAAAAUAGAUUUAGGUCAAUGACGACUCGUUUAAUUCGCUUAUCAACGAACAUGCGCAUUUAUAUCUUUUUUACAUCCAUUUAUCGUGCUACUGUAGUUAAUUGUAGAGAAUCGUAAUUAGAUAUUUCUGAUAGUGCUGGUGAAAACAUUUUAUGUAAUUUCCUGUUUCUGAAUUGAUUAAUAUCGAUGAAAAUUUCCGAGUAUUAUAUGACUGCCUAAAUUAAUUGUACAGUACAUUAUAUAUCACAUAAUUGCGAUGUAUAUUGUGCGUAAAUAUCUGUAUUUUGCGAUGUAAAUAUAUACAUGUGCUUUUAGAAAGUGAAACAUUUAUAUAUCCACUGUAAUCGAUGUUACUGAAGUUCUCGUGCUAGUUUCGUAUUAACGUAUGUUUCAAGUCAAAACUGAU